AUGCCAGGGGCUUUGCGGCUCUCGACUGGAAGAAAAAGAAACGCGAACGCCGAUAAUCAGAUCGACCACCGCAUUUACAGAUUACACAUAUUUCUUCCAUCGUUACGUUGCAUUGGCAGAACCACCACUGCUGAGGAAAAAUUGACCUGCAUACAGACUCCCAUCGGGAAAUUCCAAACAAGGAAAAAGUAA